UCCUCAUCUUCUUCCUCCAGUUUCUUCCUACUCUCGUUUUGUUUCGAAUCGGGGAGGGGAGAGGAGAGGAGAUGAAGGAGGCGACGUCGUCGGGCGGCGGCGGCGGCGGGGGUGCGGGGGUGAACGACCCGCGGCAGCCGUCGACGGCGAGGCAGUACACGCCGCCGAAGCUGUCGCCGCAGGACCUGCCCAUCGACUACGCGGGGUUCCUCGCCGUCGUCUUCGGCGUCCUCGGCGUCAUGCUCCGGUACAAGGUGUGCUCGUGGAUCGCUAUCAUCUUCUGCGCGCAGUCUCUGGUGAACAUGAAGAAUUUCGAGAAUGAUCUCAAGCAGUUAUCCAUGGCUUUCAUGUUUGCAGUUAUGGGCUUGGUGACGAACUAUCUUGGCCCCCCUCGUCCAGGCACAAAGCGCUAAUCAGGAUGCACACUAUGCAACUGUAUGAGAGUAUCACUUGUAUUUUUAUGUUCCAGAAGCUAUUGGCCGCGCUCACAUCUCUGAAUUUCAUCUGAGCAUGUAGCAAAUACAGUAAUACACUGCCUCAAUCAUUAGGGGACAAGAAUAUGUAUGAUCCUCAAUAAUUUAAUUGUGCGGUACUGGUGUAGUUCUUCUGGCCGUC